AUGGUUCAUAUUGAUAGGAUACCUUCGCCGAACAAGGAUGGAGCCUCGUCAUCGACGGUGCAGAAAUCCCCCUUUUCGAGUCGGACUCGUAUCCGAUGGAUUUUGGAUCGACCCGACGACGGAGCUGGACUUGCAGGUCAGAAAGUCCAAAUCAGCGGGUGGGUUAAAUCGGGAAGGGAGCAAGGAAAAGGGACUUUUGCUUUUCUUGAAGUGAACGAUGGAACCUGCGCAGCGAAUCUUCAGAUCAAGGUUGAUGCUUCUGUAGUACACUCACAUCUCUCCAAGUUGGUUGCGACGGGGACUAGUCUGACCGUUGAUGGGUGUUUGAAGCUUCCUCCGCAAGGCAAAGAUACGAAGCAGAAGAUUGAGCUUAGCGCCGAGAAGGUGACUGAUGUUGGAACGGUGGAUCCGGUUAAGUACCCGAUUCAUAAGAAGAAGCUGACUCUAGAGCAUCUGAGAGACCAUACUAACUUUCGUGCAAGGACCACCACGAUGGCAGCAGUUACAAGAAUCCGACGUGAGAUUACUCUUUUUAAUUAA